GAGCAAUCUCAUCACCUUUGGUGUGCAGUGCAGCACCCUGAUGGCAUUGCGAUGCGCAUACUUUCUUGGAAUGUGAACUCGGUUCGCACGCUACGGCAAUAUCACCCAUGGUGUGAGCACAAGAACUAUCAGACGAUUAUAGAGGCGUUAAACGCAGACAUAAUAUGUCUUCAGGAAAUGAAGAUCACUCGAAGCAGCACUGAUUCAGACCUUGCCCUCGUACCUGGGUACGAUGCCUUCUUUUCGUAUCCAAAGAGAAGGCAUGGAUACUCGGGAGUAACCACUUAUGUGAGGACUGAUUAUACCCCAAUCGAGGCCGAGGAGGGAUUUAGCGGACUUCUUUCAAAAUCGUCCGGCAUCGAGUCCAAAAUAGGAUGUUAUGGUCAACUGUGGCACGAAUUUUCGCCUGCCGAGCUGCUUGAGUUAGAUAGCGAAGGGAGAGUAGUUAUUACGGAUCAUCGCCUAUUUGUAUUAAUCAACAUUUACUUUCCAGUGGAUGACCCGUCAGAGGAGAGACAGGCCUUCCGAUUCAAAUUCUAUCAUGCUAUACGGCUAAGGAUCGAGGCUUUGAUUGCCGGAGGUAGACAAGUCGUUAUUGUCGGAGAUGUGAACACAACUCAUCAAGAGAUUGAUCACUGUGACCCAAGGAAGAGCAUGAGAGAUCUAGGGAUAUCAUGCUUCCAUGAAACACCCACCCGGAGAUGGAUUCAUGAAUUGGUACAGCCACGCGGACCGAUGUAUGACAUGUUUCGGUAUUUCCAUCCAACACAGGAGAAAGCUUUUACAUGCUGGAAUACGCUGCUGAAUGCGCGACCAGUUAAUUAUGGCACCCGCAUAGAUUAUGUACUUGCAACUGAAGGACUAAUUCCAUGGAUGGCAGAUGCCACAGUAGAAGCAGAUAUUAUGGGAAGCGAUCACUGUCCUGUUGCAGUCACGUUCCACGACACCAACCCAGUCAACGGAGAUUGCUUAAAGAACGUGAUGGCACCACCCGAUUGGAAGCCUGGCGAUAAAAGAGAUCCUCCUCGACUGUGCGCAAAAUUCUGGGAUGAGUUUACCGGGAAGCAACAGAAGCUGAGCAGCUUUUUCAAUAAAAAGUCUACUAGCCUUUCCGGAGGGUCGACUACCGAGUUGGGAGAGACAAGGUCGGGCGGAAUUACACAGGAAGAAAGAAAAGAGACAAUCAUUGCAACGAACGGGAAGGGGGGCACUUUGGAGAUAACGACUCCGCCUUCCGAGUCGUGCGCACAACCAUCAACGAUUUCGGUAGCUGCACCGCCCGCAGUGCAUGCACAACCGUCGCAAUCAACCCUCCCUGCCAGAAGUGGACCCUCAAAAUUACGGGCCCCAACCAGAAAGGGUCAAAAAUCAAAACAGAAGGCCAUCAAAGUCGGGGUCAAGGUACCCCCAAGUCAGGGACAGUCAUCAAUAAGCUCCUUUCUAUUGCCAAAAACGACGACCGCCGGUACGGCGAAACCCAUCGUGGGCGAACCUAUGUGCGACGCCACUCAAGAUCUUCCAUCGACCUCUCUGGAGACACCUCCAUCCUUGGAAGAUGCACAACCACUUUUCGAGAACCCACUCGCCUGCUCCUCAGAUCCUGGUGUCGACUUGGACGUCCCUACGACUGGAAGGCUUUCUCAACCUACCACUCUAGGCACUAUGUCGGCAUCUCCAAAUUCAUCCACGGACCUUGAUCAGGGAGACUCCACGUCCAGUGCUGGCACAUGGUCGACCCCAAACGCUGCAUCACAAUGGCGCUCUCUCAUGCGCCCCAAAGUAAUACCCAAGUGCUGGCAUGACGAGCCGGCCAAGGAAUGGGUAGUAAAUAAAACUGGUCCGAAUCAGGGACGAAUGUUUUAUCUGUGCGCCAGACCCGUUGGACCGUCGGACAUUGGUCUACUCAAUUUCGAAGGAAAAUCGGUAAUUGUCCCCAAGAGCAGGCGUCUGGUGGGCGAAUAUCGUUGUGAUUUCUUCGAGUGGAAAAACGGCCCCAAAAGAAAAGGUCAACAGGGUGGUCGAAUAAGAAGCGCGACUGAGAAUCUAAAUGGUGAAGACACGAGACAGGGAGAAGAUUCCUCUUUGAAAAAAAGUCGGACCAAAUAAAGUUAUAUCUCAACGUCCACACCAGCGCUUAUUUACAAUAACCUAACAUACGGAAAAGUCUAGCAUAGCUACAGCAAUACUCGGUUUUGUUCAGGUCUACACUGUCCCCCACGUCAAUCGCACUGCAUGAUCUGUCUUUCGCGUUGUCGGCUUGAUAAACCCAAGGAAUUGCAACUCGGCAAUUGAUUUGAUGAAACGCGCCUGAAUAUCAGUUCGGUCCAGUGAACUUCCCUCUGUUUCUUUCUCCACUAUCGCCCCAAAUGCCACAAACCAAUCAUAGAGAUUGAUCAUCCUUCCACAUUCCAAGUAUAGCCUGUACGCGAUGCUGGAGUCCUGUAGUGUAUGACUGAUUGUGUCGUCGCCUUUGGUGGUUGUUGGGCAGCAAUCGCAUUUGAGGUAAUGCCGAGUUUGGCCUAACGCGGUCUGUAUGACCGCUCGAGGUUGAGGAUGAAAUGCCUAACGAAGGGACCGUAAGUGUCCAUACACAUGAAUGUUCUUAUAACACUUGGUAGCGUCGCUAGAAAGAAAAUACGACAUCAACAAACUUGCUAGCUUACCCCCAUCGAUACACUCUCACACCUGAGAAACUCUUUCAAGAAAUCGGAAACACGUUUCAGAAAAGCUUGCGUGG